CGGGUCGCCAACCAAUGGCACCAAGGGCAGCAGCGGUUUGACUACCCCGCGGCGAGGCUCGCCACGACCUGGGCCAACACGGACGCCGGCCUGCCGCACCACGUGACCUACACCGACGGCUCCGUGGCGCGCGUGGCCCUGCUGCGGCUCAACCCGGCCGGCUUCGGCCCCUCCUACGCCUUCGGCUUCUUCUGCACCAGCCACGGCGCGGCCCCGUGCGCCGACUUCCUCCUCGGCGUCGCCGUCGUGUACUGCAACAGCGGCGCGCUCAUCACGUCCACCACGACCGGCGUCCCGCAGGUCGUCUGGUCGGCCAACCGCGCCAGCCCCGUGGGCGAGGGCGCCGCCGCGGAGCUCACGGCCGAGGGCGACCUGGUACUCAGGUCCGCCAACGGCUCGGCGGUGUGGUCCGCCGGCACCAAGGGCCGGUCCGUCGCCGGGGUGACCAUCGGCAGCGACGGCAACCUCGUGCUGCUCGACGGGCGCAACGCCACCGUGUGGCAGUCGUUCGACCCCCCCGCGGACGCGCUGCUCGUCGGGCAGUCGCUCAAGCACGGCGCGCGGCUCACCGCCAACACGUCAACGGCUGACUUGCGCGACGGCAGGCUCUACCUCGCCGUCGAGGACGACGCCCUGAGCGCAUACAUCAAUGCCACGCCGCCUCAGCGCUACUACCACCUCGGCUUCGGCGAGACCGCGGCCGGCGCCUACGCGACGUACACCAACGGCAGCCUCACUGUGUCCGCCCGGCCCGGAGCGCCAGCCCUGGCCACCAUCCAGCUGCCCACCGUCGGCACCGGCACGGUGCAGUACAUGAGGCUGGAGCACGACGGCCACCUCCGGCUCUACGAGUGGCGCUCCGGCUCGGGCUGGGCGCCGGUGUUCGACGUGCUGCGCCUCUUCCCGGACGGCGGGUGCGCGUACCCAACUGUCUGCGGCGCGUACGGCGUGUGCACGGACGACACGCAGUGCAGCUGCCCCGACGCGGCCAACUUCCGGAGGCCCAACCGCGGCUGCGUCCCGACGAAUCCACCGCCGACGUCAUGCGGCUCAUCAUCGCCGGGGCGGCGCGCGCAGCACCGGCUGGUGUCGCUGCCGGGCACGGGCUACUUCAACGCCCAUGCAACGAGCCUGCACGCCGUGGAGAGGGUGAGCGAAGAGGCGUGCAAGAAGGCGUGCCUGGACGACUGCGCGUGCGCGGCGGCGCAGUUCUACUACGGCCCGGACGCCGGCGACGGGUUCUGCUACCUGCAGUCGGAGGUGUUGUCGCUGCAGACGGUACGGCCGGAGGAGGUGCACUACAACUCCACCAUGCAUAUCAAGGUGCAGGCCAAGUCAGGCAGGAUCUGAUGAGUUGAGGACUCUCCUGAGUCAGCCCGGGCAUUCGGUCUUUUCGGUUUGUUCGGUCCGGUCUUUUCGGUCUUCUAAUAAUUCGGUCUUCCAUAAUUGAGGACCGAAAUAAUUUCGGUCUUUUCGGUUCUUAACUAUUCGGUCUUCGGUCCCGA